CCCAGCGCCGGAGCGGGCUGUGCCGUGGCCCUCUGUGUGCCGGGGCCGAGAGGUGCAGUCAUGCAGGAAAACCACAGAUUUGCUUCAUCGGGAGAUGAUAUUAAAAUAUGGGAUGCUUCAUCCAUGACAUUGGUGGAUAAAUUCAACCCACAUACAUCACCACAUGGAAUCAGCUCAAUGUGUUGGAGCAGCAAUAAUAACUUUCUAGUUUCAGCAUCUUCCAGUGGCGACAAAAUUGUUGUUUCAAGUUGCAAAUGUAAACCUGUUCCACUUUUAGAACUUGGUGAAGGGCAAAAGCAGACAUGUGUCAGUUUAAAUUCCUCAUCUAUGUAUUUGGUAAGCGGAGGCCUGAAUAACACUGUUAAUAUUUGGGAUUUAAAAUCAAAAAGAGUUCAUCGAUCUCUUAAGGAUCAUAAAGAUGAAGUAACUUGUGUAACAUAUAAUUGGAAUGAUUGCUACGUUGCUUCUGGAUCUCUCAGUGGUGAAAUUAUUUUGCACAGUGUAACCACUAAUUUAUCUGGUACUCCUUUUGGUCAUGGUAGUAAGCAGCCUGUUCGGCACUUGAAGUACUCCUUAUUUAAGAAAACGCUGCUGGGCAGUGUUUCGGAUAACGGAAUAGUAACUCUCUGGGAUGUGAAUGGUCAGAGUCCGUACCAUAACUUUGACAAUACGCAUAAAGCUCCAGCUUCAGGCAUCUGUUUUUCUCCCGUCAAUGAAUUGCUAUUUGUAACCAUAGGCUUGGAUAAAAGAACCAUUCUGUAUGACACAUCAAGUAAGAAGCUAGUGAAAACUUUAGUAGCUGAUGCUCCUCUGACUGCAGUAGAUUUCAUGCCUGAUGGAGCCACUUUGGCUAUUGGAUCCUCCCGUGGGAAAAUAUAUCAGUAUGAUUUAAGGAUGUUGAAAUCACCAGUUAAAACCAUCAACGCUCACAAGACAUCUGUGCGAUGUAUAGUAUUUCAGUAUUCCACUGCUCUUUCCAAGUCAGGUUUAAGUAAAGACUCAAGUAAGCCAUCAGCUGGGAACAAGCGAACCGCUCCGGCUUGCGCUGCCGGUGGAGGGGCUCCGAGCUCCGGAGUUGUCCGAGAGGCUUCGCUGGCCGCCGGUCCACCCCGGCCCGCCGGUCCACCCCAGCCCGCCGGUCCACCCCAGCCCGCGGCGAAGGGCGCGGCUGCUGCUGCAGACAGAGCCGGUUUGCCUCGAAGUGUCAACACAGAUACUUUAUCUAAGGAAACAGACAGUGGAAAAAAUCAGGAUUUCUCCAGUUUUGAUGAUACUAGAACAAGUAGUUUAGGUGACAUGUUCUCACCUAUCAGAGAUGAUGUCAUGGUUAACAAGGGAGGUGAUGAGUCUGUAGGCAAAGGAGAUGGCCUUGACUUCUUAACACAACUGAACUCAGUGUUUCCUCCAAGAAAAGGCCCAGGAGCUUCAGGAGCUUCAGUAUUGCAUUCUAGUCCUUUUCAUGUCCUUCUGGGCUCUCCAGGAAAAGAAGAAAACGAACAGCAUGAUCCGACGGCUGACCCUAAGAAAACGUAUCUGGGGAAACAGGAACCUAAAGAUUCCCUCAAACAGUUUGCAAAGUUGAUCUCCGGUGCUGAAACUGGAAAUCUAAAUACCUCUCCAUCAUCUAACCAAACAAGAAGUCCUGAGAAAUUUGAGAAACCAGAAAAAGAAAAUGAAACCCAGUUACUAUAUGAACCCACAGUCAAUGGAUCCUCAACUCCAAGUCCAAAAUUAGCAUCCUCUGUAACUGCUGGAGUUGCCAGUUCACUAUCCGAAAAAAUAGCUGAUACUGUUGGAAAUCAUAGGCCAAAUGCACCAUUGACGUCCGUUCAAAUCCGUUUUAUUCAGAACAUGAUACAGGAAACAUUGGAUGAUUUCAGAGAAGCAUGUCAUAGGGAUAUUGUGAAUUUGCAAGUGGAGAUGAUUAAACAGUUUCAUAUGCAGUUGAAUGAAAUGCACUCUUUGUUGGAAAGAUACUCUGUGAAUGAAGGUUUAGUGGCUGAAAUUGAAAGACUACGAGAAGAAAACAAAAGACUACGGGCCCACUUUUGAAAUUACAGUCAAUACCUUAAUGUUUUGUAAUUUGGGAAGUUAUUGGCAACACAGAGCUACAUGGAAUCAGUGUUGUUUUCAUGGUCUCUGGGAAAAUUUUUCAAGUAAAAGGGUGAUGGGAUUUUAUACCAACCACUAUUUCAUUUUCUCUGGCUGUCAAAAAUAUUUAUAUUUUUAUACUGAAAGCUGUACAAUAUAUCAUCUACCUAAUAGGAAAGUCAAUAGGAUCUUUAUUUUUCUGAAGGCUUUAGCUAGACACUAAGUGCCCUUUUUCAUAAGAAAAUUGUGCAAAAAAUAUGGAUGUUUUUAAAUCACCUUUUAAACAUAUUUUUCAUUGACAGUUGCCUUCCAAAUUUUUUUGGAUAUUUGAAGAUUAAAGAGUUUGAUAU